AUGCCGCCGGUGGAGGAGGUGGACAUCGCCGCCGUCAGGUACAAGCCGCCCACGCUGCAGGCGCCGCACCUCACCGGCUUCUCCCUCAGGGCCUUCCUCUGGCUCAUGGAGUCGUCCCUGCUCGGACCACUCAUCACCUCCGUCCUCAAGUCGCAGAACAACAUGCCGCAGGCAGACCCAGAGCCAGAAGUUGUGCUUGUAGAUGAAGAUAGGGACCUGGUGGAAAGAGUCCAUGAAGCACUACAGUGCCUUCCGCAGUAUGAUCCGUCAAUUCGUUGGACAACCGAGGAGAAUCCCCCUUUCCUUUACUGGAAGAUCCGUGACUUUGCACAUGCAUACCGCUCGGGGAUCACGACUCCUUCAGCUGUUGCCGAGUAUGUUAUUGCAGGCGUCGAAGAGUGGAACAACAAGAAGCCCCCAAUGCCAAUGUUGAUCUAUUUUAAUGCAGAUGAUCUCAAGAAGCAAGCUGAGGCUUCCACAAAGAGAUUUCAGCAAGGAAAUCCGAUAUCCAUUUUAGAUGGGGUCUUUGUUGCCAUUAAGGAUGACAUUGACUGCUUCCCGUAUCCAACAAAGGGUGCUACAACAUUCUUUGACCAAAUCCACACUGUGGAGAAAGAUGCAGUCUGUGUGGCUCGGUUGCGGAAAUGUGGAGUCAUCUUUAUCGGUAAAGCAAACAUGCAUGAACUAGGCCUUGGAGUAACUGGAAACAAUCCAAAUUAUGGGACAGCAAGAAAUCCACAUUCGGUUGAUAGAUAUACUGGUGGUUCUUCAUCUGGUCCUGCUGCAUUAGUAUCAUCAGGAUUAUGCUCAGCAGCAAUUGGAACAGAUGGUGGAGGUUCAGUUAGAAUUCCAUCUGCACUUUGUGGUAUUGUUGGUUUCAAGACAACAUAUGGGAGGACAGAUAUGACUGGGGUACUUUGUGACUCUGGGACUGUUGAAGUUGCUUCUCCUCUUGUAUCAUCAGUUGAGGAUGCUAUACUAUCGCCACUAUGUGUCCCAAAUUUAUUGUCUCCAGAAAACAGCAAUAUCCUGGGAUCAGUUAAAAUAGGAAAAUAUACAGAGUGGUUUAAUGAUGUUUCUGAUCAUGAGAUAUCGAGUACAUGUGACAAUGCACUUAAACUUCUCUGCAGCGCUUUCGGAUGUCAAAUAGAAGAGAUAACAUUACCAGAGCUUGAAGAGAUGCGUACUGCCCAUGUUGUCUCAAUUGGCUCAGAGUCAUUCUGUGACCUGAAUCCUCAUUACAAAGCAGGAAGGAAAACUGAGUUUACGCUGGAUACUCGAACAAGUUUGGCACUUUUUGGGUCGUUCACUGCAACUGAUUAUGUGGCUUCUCAAAGUAUAAGGAGGAGGAUAAUGCAUUAUCACAUGGAAGCUUUCAAGAAGGUUGAUGUCAUAGCAACUCCUACAACUGGCAUUACUGCUCCAAAAAUACCUCCAAGUGCUCUGAAGUCAGGAGAGUCAAAUUAUGUUGUGUCAGCUUACUUGAUGCGAUUCAUCAUAGCAGGGAACCUUCUUGGUCUCCCAGCAAUAACUGUGCCUGUUGGUCAUGACAAGCAGGGCCUUCCUAUAGGUCUGCAACUGAUAGGCCGUCCAUGGGGUGAGGCAAGCUUAUUGAGGGUGGCUUCUGCAGUGGAGGAGCUGUGUCUGAAGAAACGGAAGCGGCCCUCUGCGUUUUAUGACAUUUUGAAGGCCUGA